AUGAGCUUCGUCCGCAAGCGCGGCUUCCAUGUCCUCCUCGCCUGCAUCUCACUGGUCGUGAUUAACGACGUCGUCGAGCUACUGAGCUGGCGAGACACCUUUGCGCCAUCGCAGCACCUGCGCAGCGACAGCGGCGACGGCCUCGACGAGCCCACCAAGCUGCGCUAUGUCGUCAACCUCUUCCUCGUGUCGCCAUUCGUGCUGCUUGGCCUCAUUCGCCUCGCCGUCGCGCUUUCGCCCAAGGCUCACGCCUACCUUUCGACUUGGACGCGCUCCAUAACGCUCGCGCUGCUGCUACCAGCGCUACUGCUGCUCGUACUGGUCGCGAUCCCAGCGCGGCCGUCUUUGAGUGACUUGCCGCCCAACCAUACGCACUACACGUGCGAUGCGAACGCGUCGAGUGGCAACAUGGACGCUGUCUACACAUGGGUGAACGUGACCGACCCCGAGUGGCAAGCGCUCUCGGUCCAGCACAAGUGUCCGGUCGACGACUACCUCGGCGGCGGUGGCGACGCCGACCCGUUCUUAGCGCUCAAGUACAGCAUGCGCUCCGUGCGCGCGCACCUGCCGUUCGUCGAGCGCAUCUUCAUUGUCACCGAGCGCAACCAAGUGCCAUCGUGGGUCUCGCUCGGCGAGAACGUCCAUGUCGUCUUCCACGACGAGUUCAUGCCGGCCGAGAUCGUCCCGACGUUCAACAGCAACCCGACCGAGAUGCUUCUCCACCGCAUGGUCGCCAAAGGCAUUCUGCGCAGCAACUGCUUUCUCUACAUCAACGACGACUUUAUCGUCAACAAGCCACUCGGGCCCUCCGACCUCAUCACGGCCGAUGGGCGCAUCGUCCUCAACUCGUUCGUGCACAUCAACUUGCCGUACGACAUGUGGAUGGAUGCGCCGUACGGUCUCUGGCCGACGACCGACGACCGCGUCGCGUUUGUCGUCGACCCCCACGUGCCCUACGUCGUACACGCCGAGGCCAUGGAAGCGUACGUGUCGCAGUGCGGCGACGAAUGCGCGCGGUCGAUCGAGACCCGCUGCAAGCGCAACGGCCCGCUGCCCAUGUCCAAGUACCAAGAUUUUCUCGCGACAAAACACCCCGAAGCCGUGAGCUUUGUCUCGCCGCUUCUCGGGUACUCUACCCGCCUCCCGCUUGGAAUUGGGUCGCCGGCUCUCAACGGAUGGCUGCUCUACCUUCUGAACCCCAAGUUCAUCUACAUCGAGUCGCACAACGCACUCGAAGAGCACCCCGAGUGGGUCGACUUUAUCACGACGUACCUUCAUAAUACGUUCCCUGACAAAGCGCCGUGGGAACUCUAA